GGUGGGGUGGGAUGUUUUGGUAUAAAACCUAUUACACUAUUGCUCAGUUUCUCAUUCCUCAUCUCCACAGUUGUAGGGCAUCAUUGAUUUUCACACACACACGUAUUUAUAGACAGAGAGAGAGUGUGUGUGAGAGAGAGAGAAGGAGAUUCAAGAGAGUUGCAAUGGAGAUGGAGAAAGAAUCAAGAUUCAAAAGAAUUUGUGUCUUCUGCGGCAGCAGUUCUGGCAAGAAACCAAGCUAUCAAGAAGCUGCUAUAGAGUUGGGAAAAGAACUGGUGGAGAAAAGGAUUGAUUUGGUGUAUGGAGGUGGAAGCGUGGGUCUGAUGGGUCUUGUUUCUCAGGCAGUUCAUGAUGGUGGGCGCCACGUUCUAGGAGUCAUUCCAAGAACUCUUAUGCCUCGUGAGCUCACGGGCGAAACUGUAGGAGAAGUACGAGCUGUGUCUGAUAUGCAUCAGAGGAAGGCUGAGAUGGCGCGACAUGCUGAUGCUUUCAUUGCUCUUCCUGGUGGUUAUGGCACUCUUGAAGAGUUGCUUGAAGUUAUUACAUGGGCUCAGCUAGGCAUCCAUCGUAAACCAGUGGGGCUGUUGAAUGUGGAAGGUUUCUAUAAUUCGUUGCUAAAUUUCAUUGACAAGGCCGUUGAUGAAGGCUUUAUCUCCCCAACUGCACGUAGAAUUAUUGUGUCCGCUCCCACAGCCAAACAGUUGGUACGAGAGCUCGAGGAGCAUAUUCCGGAAUGUGAUGAAAUUACUUCGAAAUUGAUAUGGGAAGAGGUGGAAAAGCUGAAUUACAUGCCUCAAUCCGAUGUGUUGAAUUAGGGAAUAUGGACUUCUUCCACUUUUGGCUUCGAAUAGACUUUCUAGUAUAUACCAACUACUAUAAUUUGGCACAGUAACUACUUUCUUUCCUUUUUUUGUGUUUUUUCUUUUUUCUUUUUUCUGCUUUUGGAACUUUCCCCCCAAACCUUAAACUAUGUAUCGGGGAACGCCGGGAAAAAGAAAGAGAAAAACUUGUUUUUUGUGUAUCUGAUUGCGUUAUGGUUUUACUA